AAGCGGACGCGUCUUAUGCUUUCUCUCCGUUCUAGAAGUUCCUGGAUAGUCAGUGCAUCUUAAAUACUUUAGUGGCGACGAAAUCGAACUGUGAACGCGUGUGAAACUUUUUUUUUAGUGGACGUGAGUGAAUAUCGCAGUUACAAUGUCUAUCGGUAAAAUUGGUGCUUUCGAUGUGCAUAAGGAUAAUUGGGAUUUAUAUGUGGAGCGCUUGGGCCAGUAUUUUGUGGUUAACGACGUUAAACCGGCUGUGCAGGUAGCGACUUUAAUCACCGUUAUGGGUAGUGAGGCGUACGAGCUAUUGGCAAACUUAUGUUCACCGGACAAACCGUCAACAAAAGAAUUUGAUGACCUUGUGGCAGUUAUGAAGAAGCACCUACAGCCGACGCGGAGUACCAUGGCCGAACGAUUUAAAUUUCGUCAGAGGUCACAAGGAAGUGACGAAACCAUCGCGGAAUAUACUGCGGAGUUAAAAAAGUUAACAAAAGAUUGUGAUUUUCAAGAAGCCAGUUUAAAUGAGAAUUUACGAGACCAAUUCGUGUGUGGUAUCCGUAAUGAUAGCAUUCGGCAAAAGUUAUUUACGGAAGAUAACCUAACAUUUGAAAGAGCAUUUAAAAUGGCGGUGGCGAUGGAAGCAGCGGAAAGUCAUGCGGCGUUGGUACAGGACCGUUCUACAAUAGAGGAGGGAGUAUCAUCAUCCAUGAUAGCAACGGCAGUGCAUCAGCUGGCCACGGUGAAGCGGGACAAGCGACAGUCGGCGGAGGCGGCUAGCACCGAGCGCUAUGGGCCGCGCGGUCCAAAGGUCACGCAGGGCGACGGGACAAAGGGCGCUAUGGGCGCGGGCAAGCGACGAGUCGUUACGAACAGUGCGGACUGGAAGGGAGGACAAACCCAGCAAUGUUCGGCGUGCGGAGGGCAGCAUGGACAGAGCUCGUGUAAAUUUAGGGCCUAUGUUUGCAGAGUAUGUAACAAAGAAGGGCAUCUUAAGAAAAUGUGUCCGAAUUUAAGAAAAAACGUCUCUUUUCAUGCGAUGUUAGAAGAGCAGGCAGGGUACCAGUAUUCAGACAGUGACAGUAACGGCAGUGAAGAGGUAAAUAACUUUUCUAUAGAUGCUAAAAAGUUGAAGAAGUAUGGGCCUUACAUGGUGCAAUUAAAAGUGAAUAAUGUAAAUUUAGUUAUGGAAGUAGAUACGGGCAGUGCGAUAUCUUGUAUUAGCUAUGAUUGUUAUAGUCAAUUAUUUCCUGAGUGUCCGUUAAAAGCUAGCAAUUUGAAUUUAUGUUAUUAUACGGACAUAAGUGUCAAACCCGUAGGUAAAAUAUUACCUUCGGUGCAAUAUAACAAAAAAUGUAAAGAGUUAGAUUUGUAUGUAAUGGUUAACGGGAAAACGAGUUUACUCGGCAGACAGUGGAUAAAAGAGUUAGGAAUACUACCUGACUUAGUAAAAUCCGUCAAUUGUAAUAAUGUUAGUACAAAGCAUAUUUUUGACAUAAACGAUUUCAGUUCCAGAUAUUGUGAAGUAUUUGAAGGCGGCUUGGGAAGGUUUACUGGCGGAACGGUGGGGUUCCGGCUGCGAGAGGGCGCGGCGCCCGUGUUCCUGCGCGCACGACCUCUGGCGUACGCGCUGCGCGAGCCAGUUGAGCGCGCGCUCGAUCAGCUGGUGGCGGACGGUGUAAUCACUCCGGUAAACUCGUCCGACUGGGCUACGCCUAUUGUUCCGGUGAUGAAAAAAGAUGGAACCAUUCGGUGGAACCAGGAGUGUAGUGAGGCGUUUAGGAAAAUAAAAGAAAUAUUAACGUCUAGUGAAGUCCUGGCUCAUUAUUCUCUCGAUCUGCCGGUGGUUUUGACUUGUGACGCUAGUAGCUUGGGGGUGGGCGCUGUGGUGUCUCACAUUACGCCGGACGGCGAGCGGCCGGUGGCGUACGCGUCGCGAACACUCAAUGCGGCAGAAAAGGGCUAUUCGGGCUGCAUGGUUUGGGGCUACCGGUUAGUAAUCCCAGAAGUAUUGCGGGAAAAGUUAUUACGGGAGCUACAUGUGGGACACAUGGGUAUUGUAAAAAUGAAGAGUAUGGCGCGCAGUGUCAUGUGGUGGCCGGGCAUCGACGCGGACGUGGAGCGCACCUGCAAGAGCUGCGGCACGUGCGUGGCGGAGAGCUCGGCGCCGCCGCGCGCGCCGCCGCAGCCCUGGCGGUACUUGACGGACGUCUGGACCAGAUUACAUAUUGAUUUUUUGGGACCCAUACAGGGUAGGACAUUUUUGAUUCUUAUCGAUUCUACUUCUAAGUGGUUAGAGGUUUUCCAAAUGCAGUCGACCACGGCGAAAGCUGUAAUAAAGGUAUUAAGAGAGACUUUCUCGCGUUUCGGUUUACCACGAGAAGUAGUUUCGGAUAACGGACCACCCUUUACAAGUCAAGAGUAUAAAAGUUUCAUGACACAUAAUCGGGUCAAGGUCACUUUUGCGGCCGCGUACCAUCCGGCUUCCAACGGGGCUGCCGAGGAGGCAGUCAAGUUGUGCAAGCGGGCUAUUAAAAAGGCUAUGCGGGAUGGUGGCGAUAUAGAUGCAGCGUUGCAGGCUUACCUUCUAGCGUAUCGGAAUGUAGAACAUAGUACCACAGGGUUAUCACCGGCAGAGCUAUUGCAGCGUAGGAAGCUUCGUUCCAGGCUAGACUUGUUAAAGGAUGGAUCGGUAGAAGACAAAGUCAAAGAACGACAAACAAAGCAAAUAACUUACGCUGGCGGUACAUCUAGGGAAUUUAACGUGGGGGAAAAUGUGUGGUAUAGGAACUAUAGUGGGGGUAGUAGAUGGUUAGAUGGUAGAAUUCAGGAAAAAACAAGUUCACGUAAUUAUAUAGUUGCGGCGGAAAACGGUUCACCCAUUCAUAGACAUGUGGAUCAAAUUAAAAGUCGCUGGAUGAGCACAUAUGAGGAUCCGUCUCCGUCAUCACCAACCCAAGAGUCGGACGGGUUGAGGAGUGAGCGCAACGACACAUCUAGUGUAACGGUUGAAGAUCAAUGUCCUGCGGAGUCUGGUGGAGCAGCGGUGACAGCUCCCUCGCCACCCCGAUCUAAUACGUCAGAAUCCACCGACCCCCCGGUCAACCUUCCCCGGCCCACACUGAGACCUAGGGAUAAGUUACGUUCUGUAAAAAGAUAUGGGUCUGAGAUUGACUAA